AAUCCACUCAACACACCAUCACUACUCGCACUACUCACAGGCUACAACAACACUUGCCUCGAAAAUAUCGAAUUCACGUGCCAAAAUGGCGAUUGCAUACCGAUCGAGAGCGUUUGCGACGGCACUGCCGAUUGUACGCGCCGCGAAGACGAAGACUACAAUUUGUGCACCUGCAGCAGCGACAAGUGGAAAUGUUUGCGCGGCGGCGGUUGCAUACCAAAAACGCAAGUCUGCGAUGGCAAACGGCAGUGCAAGGAUGGCAGCGACGAGAGUAUUUGCCAUUUUCAUGCUAAGUAUAAUAAGACGCGCAUUGCCAAUGAAUGCCUAAGCUUUCAAUAUCAAUGCGCCGAUGAUAUCUGCAUUUCGGGCUACAAGCGUUGUAACGGCAUUACCGAUUGCGUUGAUGGUUCCGAUGAAAUAAAUUGCCCGUUGAAUUACGAUGAUGCAAAUUACGAUUUCGAACCGGAUCCAGCGCUCAGUGAAUGCGAUAUUUAUGAAUUCGAAUGCGACUACUCGCAGUGCAUACCGAUCGAUAAGCGCUGCGACGGUUAUCCGGAUUGCAAUGAUGAGACUGAUGAAUACGAUUGCCCGCCGUUUACAGAGCAUUGCCAUGACAACGAAUUCGAAUGCGAUCAGAAUUAUUGCAUACUCCGCGAUCAACAAUGUAACGGUGUUGCCAAUUGCAAUGAUGGAACCGACGAGCAAAAUUGCACUCACUGUCGCGAUAAUGCUUUUCUCUGCAACACUGGCGAAUGCAUUUUGCCUAAACUGCGAUGCAAUGGCCAGGCCGAUUGCGUCGAUGCCAGCGAUGAGUUAAACUGCGCACGACCGGGCAAUGCGCGACCACCACCACCACCGCCAGCGCCGGCGCCAACAACACCAACGAGGAUCGACUGCCCGCCACUGCAAUUCCGCUGCAACGGCACCUGCGUCGACUGGAGUCUGCAAUGUGACGGCAAAGUCGACUGCGACGACGAGUUCGACGAACGCGAUUGCGAUGUACAUGAGAACGAAAUAACAUUGCCCAUAUCGAAUAGGACUUGCCUCUCCUACCAGUGGCAAUGCGACAACGCUCAGUGCAUUAACAAAGAUUAUCUCUGCGACGGGCACGAGGAUUGCACCGACGGAUCAGAUGAGACACGCAGACAGUGCCGAAAAGAGGAAGCCAUUCGUCACUCACCCGAAGACUGUUCGUCGGAUCAAUUCUUCUGCGACGAUGAGUGUCGUCACGGAUCGAUACGUUGUAACGGUUAUAGCGAUUGUACCGACGGCAGCGAUGAGAUAAACUGUUUGUCCUAUCCACCAACACGACGACCGGUGCCCAUCUACCCAUGCCCCAUACAUACCUGCCCGAAUGGCAAAUGCUACUCGGAGAGCGAACGUUGCGAUGGUUCGCGCGACUGCGACGAUGGCGCUGAUGAGGCAAAUUGCUGUGCUGCCAAUCAGUUCCGCUGCCGCAAUGGCGAUUGUGUCUCUGGCAGCGCUCAUUGCAAUGGUUACCGUGACUGUCGUGACGGCUCGGACGAAGAAGACUGUUCGGAGCCCAACUACGACGUGGGACGCACUUGCUCGGUUUCGCAGUUCCGUUGCAACAACGGACAGUGUAUCAAUGCGGCGGCGCGUUGUGAUGGCUAUACCGAUUGUGCAGACAGCUCAGAUGAACUUUCGUGCAGAGUUCCUGACACAUCAUCAAACCCACAACUGAACCUGAAGACCUACCCUGACAGCCAAAUCAUCAAAGAAAGUCGUGAAGUCAUCUUCCGUUGUCGUGACGAAGGUCCAGUUCGCGCUCGUGUCAAGUGGACCCGCCCUGGUGGUCGGCCGCUUCCAAUCGGCUCGCGUGAUAACGGGGACGGCCGUCUGGAGAUCCCGAACAUUCGCGUUGAGGACUCUGGUCAGUACAUCUGUGAAGCUGCUGGCUAUCCGCGCCAUGUGUCUGGACAGCAAGUCACCGUACAUCUGACCGUCGAGAAAUCCAACCCUAUCAACGAUCGCCCGCCCACAGCUUGCCGCGCCAACCAAGCUACCUGCCGCAACAACGAAUGUAUUGACAAGUCGCAGAUCUGUGACGGCAUUCCGCACUGCUCGGACGGCUCCGAUGAGGAAAGCUGUAGCCACGGUCUCAAGUGCCAGCCCAAUCAGUUCAUGUGCCGCAACUCGCGCUGUAUCGACCGCAUCUGGCGUUGUGACGGAGAAGACGAUUGCUUCGACAACUCCGAUGAAGACAGCUGUGAUCCCGAACCCAGUGGCGCGCCUUGUCGCUACGACGAGUUCCAGUGCCGCAGCGGUCAUUGCAUUCCAAAGAACUUCCAGUGCGACGAUACGAAUGAUUGUAUCGAUGGCACCGAUGAAAUCGGUUGCAUGGCCCCUGCGCCAAUUCGCCCACCACCGCCACAUAUUCGUCUGCAACAAGGCGAGCCAUUGAAUCUCACCUGCGUGGGCACCGGUGUGCCAGUGCCACUGAUCGUCUGGCGUCUAAACUGGGGUCACGUUCCCGAGAAGUGUACCUCUAAGAGCUAUGCCGGUACGGGUACGCUCUACUGCCCCAACAUGGAUACCCAGGAUCAAGGUGCCUACUCCUGCGAAAUACUCAACUCGAAGGGACGCAACUUCGUUACACCAGAUACCCAGGUGACCGUUGAUGCACCAUCCCGUGUGGAUGUUUGCCCUGCUGGUUUCUUCAACAUGCUUGCCCGCCGCCAGGACGAAUGUAUCAGCUGCUUCUGCUUCGGUAUUUCGAAGAACUGCAAGAGCGCUAAUCUCUUCAACUUUGCCAUCCAACCGCCAAUCACAUCGCACAAAGUCAAGAACGUUGAGUUGAACCCGUACAGCGAUAUUAUCAUCAACGAUGUGGCGUCACCUAAUAUCCUCAGUCGCCAUCACGGCGUGCAGUUCCGCGUAUCCGAUGUGGGCUACAACAGCCGCGAGCAGCCAUACUUGGCGCUGCCAAACGACUACAUGGGCAACCAACUGAAAUCUUAUGGCGGCUAUCUGCGCUACGAGGUUAACUACAUGGGCAACGGACGUGGCAACCAGGCACCGGAUGUCAUAAUCACAGGCAACGGCUUUACGCUCACCCACCGCGCACGUAACCAACCAGAGCCGAACGUAAACAACAAGAUCUCAGUGCCAUUCAGCGCCGGCAACUGGUACAAGACGGACGGCCGUCGUGCCACACGCGAGGAGGUCAUGAUGGUUUUGGCUAAUGUGGACAACAUACUCAUCCGCUUAAGCUACAUCGACGCAACGGAACGAGAGGUGGAGCUUACCAACAUCGUUAUGGACUCAGCAGGGCUUGAAGAUCAAGGCUUGGGCUCAACGUCACUGGUGGAGAAGUGUACCUGCCCACCCGGCUAUGUAGGUGACUCCUGCGAAUCGUGCGCGCCUGGCUAUGUGCGUGAGAAAUACGGACCUUGGCUGGGUCGCUGCGUGCCUUUUGUGCCGGAACCUUGCCAGCCUGGCACCUAUGGUGACCCUGCUCGUGGCAUACCAUGCCGUCAAUGUCCAUGCCCACAAACUGGCGCCAACAACUUUGCGAACGGCUGUCAACUCAGCCCUGAUGGCGACGUUACCUGCAACUGCUACGAGGGUUACACCGGCAGGCGCUGUGAGCUCUGCGCACCUGGCUACCAGGGUAACCCACUGAUCCCAGGAGGCAGCUGCCAUCGCAUACCAGAGAGCACAUGCAACGCCGAAGGCACUUACUAUCCGCACCCGAACGGCACGUGCGAGUGCAAGCCGCUUGUGGUUGGCCCCCGUUGCGACACUUGCGCACCCGAAUCCUUCCACUUGAACGCCUUCACCUACACCGGCUGCAUUGAGUGCUUCUGCAGUGGCCUGACAAAGCAAUGUUCCAGCAGCAGCUGGUACCGCGACCAGGUCUCUUCGAACUUCGGACGCUCACGCGCACCUCACGGCUUCAACCUUAUUCGCGACUAUGAAACCCAACAACCAACUCAAGUCAGCUUCCAACAGGCCAACAGUGCGCUACAAUUCAGCCAACAAUCAACCUCUGAUCCGCUAUAUUGGAGCCUGCCAGCGCCAUUCCUUGGUGACAAGAUCACUGCCUAUGGCGGCAAACUCUCCUACAAUCUCAGCUACAACCCACUGCCAGGCGGGCUUAUGUCCCGCAACAAUGCACCCGACGUGGUUAUCAAGAGUGGUGAAGAUUUGACAAUCAUUCACUACCGCAAAGCCGGCGUGAAUCCCAACCAACCGAGCUCAUACUCCGUGCCGAUUAUCGAAAGCGCAUGGCAGCGUUCCGACGGGCAAGUAGUCAAUCGCGAACACUUGUUGAUGGCGCUUUCGAAAAUCGAUGCGAUCUACAUCAAGGCCACCUACACCACCAGCACAAAGGACGGGCAGUUAACACAUGUCUCGUUGGAUAUUGCCACGCAGAACAACAUUGGGACGCAGCGCGCCUUUGAAGUGGAAGAGUGCCGCUGCCCCAUUGGCUAUAUUGGCUUGUCCUGCGAGCGCUGUGCACCUGGCUACAAACGGGAUACUGAAGCCGGACUCUAUUUGGGCGUUUGCGAGCCCUGCGAAUGCAAUGGUCAUUCGAGUCAGUGUGAUGCUGAAACCGGCGUUUGCUUGAACUGCGCACACAACACGGCUGGUGAAUUCUGCGAUCGCUGCGCGCCCGGCUACGUAGGCAACGCGUCCGGUGGCACACCAUACGACUGCUCGCCUGAUAUCGGCGAACCCAGCCCCUACCCACCACCAGCACCUGGCAAUCAGACCCAGUGCAGCUACUGCAAUCGCGAUGGAACUGUCUCUUGUGAUGGCGGCUACUGCGAAUGCAAGCCCAAUGUUGUGGGCCAAUACUGCGAACAAUGCCGACCGGGCACUUACGGUCUUUCCGAGCGCAACCCCGACGGCUGCGAGGAAUGCUAUUGCUCUGGCAAGAGCACACGCUGCAACUCGGCUUCGUUGUUCCGCCAACUCAUUCCAGUUGACUUCAUCAGCAACCAACCGCUGAUCACAGACAGCGACGGCAAUAUUGUGGACACCGAAAACUUGAGCUUCGACUUACCCACCAACAUGUACACCUACAACUUCCAAUCGUACACCGAGAAGUACUGGAGCCUGCGUGGCUCUGUGCUGGGCAACCAACUGUACUCAUAUGGCGGACAUUUGUCCUACACACUUGAUGUAGACACCACCUCGUAUGGCCGCUCUGAGGCCGGCAGUGAUGUCAUACUCAUUGGUAAUGGCAUGAAAUUGCUCUGGUCCCGGCCCGUGGAGGAGCAAGGCAGCACCGAAUACCGCGUGCGCUUGCACGAAGAUGAAAACUGGUUGCGCAAUGAGCGCGGUCACUCAGUUCGCGCCUCGCGGCUAGACAUAAUGGGCGUACUGGCCAAUUUGGAGCACGUACUGAUACGCGGCACAACGAAAAUACCCACCACACGCACUAGCAUAAGGGACGUCAUUCUCGAAUCGGCGGUCGAGCAUCGCACACCCGACGCACAACUGGCCAUCGAAGUAGAGGUCUGCACCUGCCCGGCCGGCUACACCGGCAACUCGUGCGAAAAGUGCGAACCUCUGCACUACAAGGACAACUAUGGCAGCUGCGUGCCUUGCCCCUGCCGUGAAGACACCACCGUCGGCUGCAGUCUACUCAACAACGGCGAAGUGCUUUGCCAAUGCCGACCAGGCUACGCCGGUCAACAAUGCCAGAUCGAUGAAGACUACGACCGCCCGCCACAGCCCCCAUCCACGCCCGUCCCACCGCCAGACUAUCAAACACAAAUUACCGUCUCGAUAGCGCCACCAGAGAUCACUAUUAUACCGAUUGGUGGCUCCUUGACUUUGUCCUGUACCGGCCGAAUGACCUGGAGCAAUGUGCCCGUUUUCGUGUCUUGGUUCAAGCAGAAUGGACGCCUACCCUAUGGUGCUGAGGAAGAUGGUGGCGUUUUGCGCUUAUAUGACCUGCAAAUCUACGACUCCGGUGUGUAUAUCUGCCGCUCGGUGAACAAUCAGACGAAACGCGUUUUCGAAGACCAAAUUUCCAUCACAAUUACAGAGGAUUCCCAACGCACACCGUCACAGAUCAUCAACCUCCCACAAGUUGUCUCGUUCGAGGAGUACCAGCCCAACGAGAUCAACUGCGAAGUGGACGGUCAUCCCACGCCAACAGUCACGUGGACGCGCGUCGACGGCCAAAUGUCACUGGAAGCGCACACCGACGGCUCUCGUCUGAUCUUCGAUGCACCACGCAAGUCGGACGAAGGCAGAUAUCGCUGCCAGGCCACGAACGAGAACGGCAUCGAUGAGAAGUACACGCAAGUGUACGUGCGCAUCGCCCCACCCCUACCACCACCACCGCCACGCGAACUCGUCUACAUCGAACCGCCAUCGUACACCGGCGAAACGGGCGAUAACGUGCGCCUCACCUGCCAGCCAACCACCUCUAUCCUGCUCGUCUACGAGUGGAACAAAGACGGCUACCCACUCUACCGCCAACGCAACAUCAUCAUUAGCGGCAAUUCGAUUGAGAUCCGCGAGUCCACGCCACGCGACUCCGGCGUCUACACUUGCAUCGGCAUCGAUCAGCGCGGACGACGCAACUACACCAAUGAUGCACAGGUUGUGAUCGAGGAUAGUUCAUAUCCGUUACCAGGGCCGCAGCCAGGACCCCAGCCGGGCACCAUUGCGCCAGUUGUAAAACGCUUGCCAGAUGAAAACCACAUCGUCCAAGGACAAGAUUUCACCCUAACAUGCGAUGCCACCGGCUCGCCCUACCCCACCAUCAAAUGGACUAAGGUUCACGAGGCCCUCGCCGACAACGUGCAGCAAACCGGUAAUGUCUUGCGUAUCAUAAAUGCGCGGCCUGAGAACCGCGGCAUGUAUCUGUGUAUAGCCGAGAAUGUUGCUGGCUCUCAUGAAUCCAACACUAUUAUCGAUGUUGAACCACGUGAAAGACCAACCGUCGAUAUCCAUCCGCCCGAGCCGCAAACGGUGAAUGUAGGCACCGAGGCGAUGCUUUACUGCAGUGCCAAUGGCAUACCCGAGCCUAGCGUACAGUGGCGUCGCGUUGACGGCAAACCAUUGUCACCACGCUGCAGGGAAAUCAGCGCCGGUUACAUAAUCAUCGGCGAUAUUCAAGUAGAGGACUCUGGCGAUUAUGAGUGCGUUGCCCAGAACGACGUUGGACGUGUAGCUGAGGUGCAAACCGUACGCGUUUUGGUACCUCCGGAGAUAACACUGGAACCAAGCGAUGAAGUGCUCAGCUUAACCGAAGGUGACGAACUCAAAGUGAUCUGCACGGCCACUGGCGUGCCCAGCCCAAAUGUGCAGUGGGUUGAUGACAGCGCCGAUCAACGCGGCUUGAUCCCGGCCAGCACGCAGUUCAACCAGGCCUUCUUGGAGAAAUACCGCAUCGAUCGCAAUGACGCCAAGUCCUACAAGUGCAUAGCAAGCAACGAAGCUGGCACCGCGGAGAGCUACGUCACCGUGGAUGUACGUCCGCGCCGUGGCGAUGCGUCAAACGACAGCGAUGUGCUACGCAACCCAUCAUACCCAUAUCCAUACCAACCACAACCGCAGCCGCAGCCACAGCCACAGCCAACGCAACUAUAUCCACAGCGUCAGCCCUCCUACGGACCGCCACAGAAUAUUUAUCACGACAGCGAUGUGCUACGCAACCCAUCAUACCCAUAUCCAUACCAACCACAACCGCAGCCGCAGCCACAGCCACAGCCAACGCAACUAUAUCCACAGCGUCAGCCCUCCUACGGACCGCCACAGAAUAUUUAUCGUGCCAAUGAGGGCGAUGCCGUCACACUCACCUGCGAUCUACAUAAUGGACCGAACUUGUCAACGCGUUGGGAACGCGUCGAUGGGCGCCCUCUGCCAGAUAAUUCAUACUUCGACCAAAACAGCUUGAUCAUCACGCGUGUCGAGGAGCAGAACAGCGGCAAGUACCGCUGCAAUGCGUUGGACAACCGUGGCGCUGUAGUAACGUUCGUAAUUGCCGAGCUGGUGCUAGUGCCCAUUCCACACAUCACAUUCCACCCGAAGAUGCCCAUUGUGGUGGCACCCAACGACAACAUCGACAUCUACUGUGAAGUGACAGGCGAGCAGCCCAUUGACGUCGCCUGGCAUACGGACAACAACCGCCCGCUCACCGACUCGGUACGCAUUGAUGGUCAGUACCUGCGCUUCGUCUCCAUCACUCCCGCCGAUGCGGGCCGCUACUACUGCUCAGCCUCAAAUCGCUAUGGCAAUACUACGAACAUGGCCGAGGUGGUCGUGAAUCGCAACGGCGCCUAUCGGCCAGCACCACGCGCUCAAGUAUACGACAUUCGCGAAGGUGAAGAUGUGACGCUACAGUGCGAUGUGCAGAGCGCACGCGAGCCUAUACGCGGUGAAAUAAGAUAUGAAUGGCGUCGCCAAGAUGGUCGUCCAUUGCCACGCAACGCCCUGAUACGUGACCAACGACUCUACCUACGCGGCGUUCUAAAACAGGAUGAGGGCCGCUACGUCUGUGAAUCCUACUCGACUGGCGGUGGCCGCUCACAGCCAUCCUUUGUCGAUCUGAAUAUCAAGCGAGGUUACAGCAUAAGCGAGGUCCCUUGCGUGGUAUUCUAUAUCUGUACAGAUUUCAAACCCACCAAAGCGUUGGUUUCCAAGCCGCCCAACCGUCUCUCUUACGCCUGUCAGCCGAGCGACUUCAAGUGCGUCUCGCAUCCGCACACCUGCAUCAAGGCUUCCAUGGUUUGCGACGGCAUACACGACUGUACCGACCACUCGGACGAGUUCAACUGCACGCCACCUCCAGCACCGACGCAGCAACAGACGUCGCUUAGUACCUCGGGUGCAGUGCCGUCAUCGACGCCAACAGAAACACCGAUCCCGACACCGCUAGCUGCGCCGCCGUCGCCGAAGCCAUCGCACAAGCCGAGCUACAAGCGCUGGAAGAAGCGCCACAGCAGUCACAAAGAGCGGCGCAACAAUCACACGCACUCACACAAACGCAAGCAGCGGCUGCGCCUGAAAAAACGACGCCACCUGUUGCCAACGCCCAUUUUCCGCCCACUCGCAGCGGAAGUGCCACAAUUCCGUCAACCAGCCAUACCACAACCCCUACCGGAUCUUCCCACUCCACCACCGCCGCAGCAGUCACGCCCACGCGAACUGAGCCUGAAACUGGACCAACAGUCGUCGCAACUACGCGUCGGUGAGUCUACAGAGGUCGAGUGUUACUCGUCAGACAGCAGUUACACGGACGUCAUAUGGGAACGCGCUGAUGGCUCACCACUACCGCCAAACAUACAGCAAAUCGGCAACAGGCUCAUCAUUUCUCAUGUAUCCGCUUCGGAUGCGGGCAACUAUGUCUGCAAGUGCAAGACGGACGAGGGUGAUCUAUACACCACCAGCUACGAGCUAGGCAUCGAAGAGUGGCCGCAUGAGUGGAAACGCCCAAAGUUGGUGCACGCCAACGUCGGCUCAUCAGCACAGCUGAACUGUGAUGCCGAACUGCCUGGCAGCUAUCGCUGGUCGCGUCAGUAUGGGCAAAUGCAAGCCGACCGAGAUCUAUUCAAUGAGCGCCUCGAAUUGCAGGAUGUGCAGGCCAAUGAUGCCGGCACUUAUAUCUGCACGUCAAGCACACCCGAUGGGCAGUCGGUUGACUAUCCCACCAUCUUAGUCGUUACCGGCGCCAUUCCUCAGUUCCACCAGGAACCCAUUAGCUACAUGUCGUUCCCAACGCUGCCCGAAUCAUACAUCAAAUUCAACUUCGACAUCACAUUCCGACCCGAACAGGGCAACGGUCUGCUGCUGUUCAACGGCCAGAAACGCGGUAGCGGUGACUACAUCUCGCUCUCAUUGAAUGACCGUUAUCCUGAGUUCCGCUUCGACUUCGAUGGCAAGCCGAUGGUUAUACGCGCCGAACGUCCAGUCUCACUCAACGAAUGGCAUACCAUACGCGUGAAUCGUUUCCGUCGUGACGGCUACAUUCAAGUCGAUGACCAACAUCCAGUUGCAUUCCCCACACUGGCGCAGAUAUCUCCGCUUGAUUUGAUCGAAGAUCUGUACCUUGGUGGCGUGCCCAACUGGGAAAUGCUGCCACUCGAUGCCGUCGAUAAACAAAUCGGUUUCGUUGGUUGCAUCAGCCGCCUGUCACUCCAGGGCACCAUUGUCGAGUUGAUGAAAGAGGCCAAACUGAAAGAAGGCGUCACAGCCUGUCGUCCGUGCCAGCAGAACCCGUGUCAAAAUGGCGGCAUCUGCCUUGAGAGUCAAACUGAAAUGGCGUAUACCUGCAUUUGCCAGCAGGGCUGGACUGGGCACAACUGCGGCGUCGAAGGCACUCAGUGCACACCGGGUAUUUGCGGAAGUGGCCGCUGCGAGAACACCGAAACCGGCAUGGAAUGCCUUUGUCCAUUGAACAAAACCGGUGACCGUUGCCAGUACAUUGAGCACCUGAAUGAGAACAGUUUGGCGUUCAAGCUCAAUAGCUAUGCCGCCUAUCCCACACCACGCGCCUCAAAACUUAAUGUGAAAUUCAAGGUACGCCCGAACUCGCUGCAGGACGCUGUACUCCUCUACGCUGCAGAAUCGAAAUUGCCCAGCGGCGACUUCAUCGCCGUGCUGCUGCACGACAAGCACGUAGAACUGGUAAUCAAUACUGGCGCGCGGCUGAACCCUGUGUUGGUGCGCUCGCAGAAUCCACUGCCAAUAAACAAGUGGACCGAAAUCGAGGUGUCACGCCGCUUUGGCGAAGGCAUUCUUCGUGUCGGCAAUGAGCCGGAGCAACGCGCAAAGGCGACAAAGUUGGCGCGCAUGUUGUACAUUAAGACACCGCUAUACCUUGGCGGCUACGACCACGAAAAUAUAAAACUCAAUCGGGACGUAAAUGUCACACAAGGCUUCGACGGCUGCAUCUCGGGCUUGUUCGAGGGCCAACGCCAGAUUAAUCUUAUUGCCGACAUCCAUGACGCCGCGAACAUACAAAACUGUGGCGAAAUCAAUGAGGUCCAUCAAAACGAAGCGUUCGACAACUACGAACACGAAGCAACGAAUAUUCAGAAAGCCACAGGCCAACCAAUCGAAGCGCAUAGCGAGAACGACGAGCAAAGAGUAGACGCAUGCGCAAGCGAUCCAUGCGAGAAUGGCGGCACUUGUCAUGUGCACGAUGCCGAAGCCGUAUGCGCGUGCCCUGUUGGCUACACCGGCAAACAUUGCGAAGAUCACAUAACCAUCGAAUACGAUGCCAAUUUCCAUGGAAACGGCUACUUGGAGGUGGAUCGCAAUCAAUUCAACACCGAGAUCGAGCAAAAAUACUCAUUCGCGGCAAUGGUCUUCUCCACAACCGAUCCAAAUGGCUUGCUUCUUUGGUGGGGCCAAAAGAAGGACGAGGAAUACACCGGCCAGGACUUUAUGGCGCUCGCCAUUGUCGAUGGCACUGUGGAAUUCUCUUUCCGUCUCAACGGCGAGGAGACCGUCAUACGCAAUCCGGACAAACGCAUCGAUGAUGGCCGUCGCCACAUCGUACUGAUCAAACGUACGGACAACACUGCCAUACUGGAGUUGGACCAUCUGCUGGACGCGGGAGAAACACGUCCGACCGGCAAGGACAAGAUGAGCCUGCCGGGACAUGUGUUCGUUGGAGGUGCGCCAGACGUUGCCAAAUUCACGGGCGGCCGCUACACCAAGAACUUCAACGGCUGCGUGCGCGUCGUGGAAGGUGAUGCGCAUGGCUUAAUACAACUGGGCACAGCGGCUAUUAGCGGCGAGAAUGUCGACACGUGUCCGCAAGUCGAAGACGAAUCUCUUGGCACCGAACCACCAGUCGUUUGAACUUAGCUUUUAAAUAAAAUAUUCUUAUAUAAAUAAUUUUUUUUUAUAAAUAUGAUUUGUUCUUAAGUUACAACACGAAACCAUACACAAACACACACAAACACACACACACACAAACGUGACCAAUUGAGUGAAGUCGAUGGCAAGCAACAACAACAACAACAAAGGUGUAGUUUAAAUUUUAACUUAAGCGCACUAAGUAACAACAAUACAACAAAGUUAAUUUUAAUGAAACUUGUGUCAUAUAUGUAUUUUGCAAUAAUUUCUUAAUUUGUAAGCUUAACCUUUUCGAAAAGAAACUGAUUCCAAAUACCAAAAAAUCAACAACUUUCAAAAACUGCCCAACGCCGCAACUCAUUUUUUUCCACUGCGUUGAUUUUGUUUGUGCAAAAUUCUGUGACGUACAAGCGGGAAUUUAUUUUUUAGUUUUAAUUAACUUAAAGUUAAAAACACAAAAAAAA